GGCCGGGGCCCCCUGCCAGAUGCCAUGCCAGGGUCCAGGACAAGCACGCGAGCUUUCUUUCAUUGUUCAACCACCCGUACCCUCCAGUGGCCCCCCCGAGCCCCCCCAUAUGGACCCCCAAACUGCCCCCCCAUUCGACUGCAACCUCCACGCACCACCACGCCCCGAGAUGGGCAGCGAGCAGCACCGCCUAGCCCUUUCCAAGCUGCCGGGCAGCCAAUCAGCAAUGCUAUGUGACGACAGUAUGUGUAGACCAACGCGGGGCAUUGCCUAUUGCAGGAAAAUAUCUCAUCCCACGGCCGAUAUCGUCUGGUUUUCCAAAGGGGAAAUAGGCAUCAUGAUAUGUAUGGCAAAAAAGCAAAUACGACCCGACUGGCGCGGACGUCGUUCCACAUGUCAAGACGCUGGAACUGUGCGCCGUGCUUCUAACGCACGAGCGAUAACCGGCGCUCCCUGAGUAAAUCCUCGCCAAAACGUGGCCACUCGACCCAGCACAGGGACUCCCCCGCGCUGCUUGUUGACGACCAUCCCAGGAGAAAAACGCAAGGCUCUGGAUAAUAGUGUGAAACGGAGCUACACUAUUGUGCUCCUGUCGGUAGAGAGAACUGUGUAGCUAGGAGCAGGGGACCAGGAAAAGGCUUGGUUCUGUCGUCCCAUGAAAAAAAAGAGACCGUCGCUAUUCGGGCUUUCACACGUUGCCCCCCCCCUCCCCCCCACCACCGGCCUUUCGUGCGGGUGUCUAUAUUAUACUCGUCCCUUCCCUUCGUCCCAUUGUGCUCGAUUGUCCUCUUCUCUUCCCAUCCAUUCUUCGUUCGACAGCGUACGAGUUCAACAGUUGAUACCCUCGACACAUUUCCGCACUCCAACAACAACAACAACAACAACAACAACAACAACAACAACAACAACAACAACAACAACAACAAGAACAUAUACCCCUAGAUACCCAUUCAACACUCGUCACAAUGUCCAACCUUCCUUCUGAGCCCGAGUUCGAGCAGGCCUACAAGGAGCUCUACUACACCCUCGAGAACAGCACCCUCUUCAAGAAGAACCCCGAGUACCGCACCGCCCUCAAGGUCAUAUCCAUCCCCGAGCGUGUCAUCCAGUUCCGCGUCAUCUGGGAGGACGACAAUGGCGACCUCCAGGUGAACCGUGGUUAUCGUGUCCAGUUCAACUCGGCCCUCGGCCCGUACAAGGGUGGUCUCAGACUUCACCCCUCCGUCAACCUUUCCAUCCUCAAGUUCCUCGGCUUCGAGCAGAUCUUCAAGAAUGCCCUCACUGGCCUGAUGAUGGGUGGUGGCAAGGGUGGUUCUGAUUUCGACCCCAAGGGCAAGAGUGACAACGAGAUUCGCCGCUUCUGCGUUUCCUUCAUGCGCGAGCUCGCCAGAUACAUUGGUGCCGAUACCGAUGUUCCCGCUGGUGAUAUCGGUGUUGGUGGCCGCGAGAUCGGUUACAUGUUCGGUGCCUACCGCCGUGAGCGCAACAAGUUCACUGGUGUCCUUACCGGCAAGGGUCUCCACUGGGGUGGCUCUCUCAUCCGUCCCGAGGCCACUGGUUUCGGCCUCGUCUACUAUGUCGGCCACAUGCUCGAGUAUGCUGGUGUGACCGAUGGCUGGAAGAACAAGCGCGUCUCCAUCUCGGGCUCCGGCAACGUCGCCCAGUAUGCUGCCCUCAAAGUCAUCGAGCUCGGCGGCAAGGUUGUCUCUCUUUCCGACUCCAAGGGCUCUCUCAUCGCCACUGGCGAGCAAGGCGUCACCCCCGAGGAUAUCGCCGCCAUUGCUGAGCUCAAGCUCAACCGCGGCUCUCUCUCCGACUACAGCCACAAGGACAACCUCAAGUACAUUGACGGUGUCCGCCCCUGGGUCCACGUCGGCAAGGUCGACAUUGCUCUCCCUUCGGCCACCCAGAACGAGGUCAGCAAGGAGGAGGCCGAGGCUCUUGUCGCCGCCGGCUGCAAGUUCAUUGCUGAGGGUUCCAACAUGGGCUGCACUCUCGAGGCCAUCGAGGUCUUUGAGAACGAGCGCCGUGAGAAGAAGGGCGAGGCCAUCUGGUAUGCCCCUGGCAAGGCCGCCAACUGCGGUGGUGUCGCCGUCUCCGGUCUCGAGAUGUCCCAGAACAGCCAGCGUCUCGCCUGGACCAAGGAGGAGGUCGACAGCAAGCUCAAGGAGAUCAUGAAGUGCGCCUUCUUCCAGGGUCUCAACACGGCCAAGGAGUACGUCGAGGCCACCGAGGGCGAGUAUCCCAGCUUGGUUGCCGGUUCCAACAUUGCCGGUUUCGUCAAGGUCGCCCGUGCCAUGAAGGAGACCGGUGACUGGUGGGACAACCAGCUCAACAAGGAGGCUGCCGAUGCCGAGGUCACCUCCGACUCUGGCUUCGCCGCUUAAAACGAUGAUCCAGUGGUUGCAGUUCAGCCCAAGGCAGAGUAGCUGUAUGUGUUGCUGGAUCGGCAUCCGACGCUACCCGGGCUAGAACCAGGGCUGCAGAGGCACCACCAUGUAUCCGUAUGUGGGUGACCAAGUGCCGAGCCAUUCCCAUCAGGAUGGCGAUGUGGCCGCCACCUCGAUGAUGACGCCGCCGCUCUUUGCGGCACGCCCAUCGGUGUGGGAUUUUGAUUUUUCUCAUUGGGCGUUUUCUGGACCCAUUGGCGUCAUGGGGGUUCUUGGGUGCUGGGUAUGGAGUUUGAAGGGAUCGGACGGGAUGGCCGGGACGAGGUUACGACUUUCAUCUUCUUCAUCUUCAUCUUCCACCCCCAUCUUCCCAUUGGCAGCUCGGUGAGUAACAACCACGCCUGUGCCUCCUGCACAGUCGGGGAGAGGAUUGAACCGAGCGGGCCUUACCGACAACGUCAUUGCUGUUCUGCUCCUGCGGGAGGCAGAAUAAGCUUGUAAGCUUGUUGGAGUUGGGCGUGGUUGAUGGUGUGUGUGUGUGUGUACCUGUUCGUGUUCUUGUUUAUGGUUUUUAAGGUUCUCACACCAAGGGGCAUAGACGGCAUUUGGGAGGGAUAGCGUGUCGUGCAUGGCGCAGGGAAGGAAUCUGUAGAAUAGAGUUGGGGAUGCCCCAAGCAUAUAAAGAAUAUAAACACAAUAAAAAAUAUAAAAAAUAAAAAGA